AAACAAUACCUUUCACCAUUCUUGUUCUUGAGAGUUCAAUUGGUUAUGUAAAAACCCUCAUCGGCUGGUUCCUUCUUCAAGCUCCAGAAUCUGUAACUCCAACCGCGGUGGAGAGAGAAAGGGGGAUAGCGAGUCGAUACAUGUGCGUUUCUCAACCCUAAGGAUGAAAUCCUCGUUUACUCUCACAUCAAAACCCUAGAAAACACAAAUCGUACUUUCUCAUUGUAUUCCCCUUAUCUACAGUUGCAACAAGGGUUAUUCUCGCCUGAAUAAACAUGUCUGGGCAUGCGAGGGAUCAUGCUUUGUCUCUCCUCGCUGCAGCCAAUAACCAUGGCGAUUUGGCGGUGAAACUCUCUUCUUUGAAGCAGGCUAAGAAUAUUUUGCUUUCAGUCGAUCCGUCACUUGCUUCAGAACUUUUUCCUUAUUUGCUCGAGCUUCAAUAUUCUCCGGAGAGACUCGUACGGAAAUCCCUUGUUGAAGUUGUGGAGGAGGUCAAUAUGAAGGCAAUGGCACACUCAUCAAUAUUAGUUCGAGCCUUAUUAUCAUUUUUAAAGGACAACGAUCCCACUGUUGUUCGGCAAGCUAUUGUUAGUGGCACUAACAUCUUCUGCAAUGUUUUAGAAGAGUUAUGGUUGCAGCUUAAUCGGCGUGGCUUUGUUGAGAGGUGGCUUGAAGAACUUUGGACAUGGAUGAUUAAGUUUAAGGAUGCUAUUUUUAGUCUAUUGUGGGAGGGAAAUUUUGUUGGUACAAAGUUGCUGGCACUAAAACACAUGGAGACAUAUAUUUUAUUUUUCACACCAGAAACCAUUGAUUCAAAAAAGUCAACUCUAGAAGCAACAAAAAGAAGACAAAUUUUUAAUAUUUCAUGGAUGAUGGGUGGCCAUCGACAUUCUAUUUUGGAUCCAGCUGCUCUCACAUCAGAUGCAAGUAAAUUUGUUGGGAUAUUAUUAGAUAUGAUGCAAUCAGCCAGCAGGCUCCCUGGUCCCUUGGCAAUAUUUGUUUCUAAUUGUCUUGCAAGUAUAGGAAGAAAGAGGCCACUGCACUAUAAUGCUAUACUGUCUAGAAUGCUUGAGCUCAAUCAGAACCUUGAAACAGUGAAAGGAGGUCAUAUUGCCAGUUUCCAGUAUUCUCUUCGAUCUGCUUUUCUGGGAUUUCUUAGAUGUACUUAUCCUCCUAUUUUAGAGUCUAGAGAUAGAUUGAUCAGAGCACUACGAGGGAUGAAUGCUGGGGAAGCUGCAGAUCAAGUUAUUCGACAAGUUGAGAAAAUAAUGAGAAAUAAUGAGCGUGCUUCACGAGAUACCAGACUGGCAAAGGAAGAUCAGUUAACAAACCAGCUGCUUCCCGGAGGGGAUGUUGUAAGGAAACGCCCUUUGCCAAUGGAAAAUGAAGAAUCUGAUCGUGUUAGUGGUGUAGAUUUGAAAAAAAUUCGUCACAAUCUUAACACACAAGUGGUGCUGCCUCGUCAAACAAAUGGAUGUAUGCAGGAUUCUGUUUCUAAUGGAGUAUCUCAGAAUAUCCCGACAAUGGGAACUGCUAUGAAUCUUGUUGAGCAAAUGAUUUCCAUGAUAGGAGCUUUAAUAGCUGAAGGAGAUAGAGGUGCUGACUCUCUUGAACUGUUAGUAUCACAACUGCCUCCUGAGGUCAUGGCUGAUAUGAUCAUGGCAAACAUGAAGUACUUGCCUAAUGUUUCUCCUCCAUUAUCAAGAAAUUACACCACGCCAUUAACUCAGCAUGGUAUCCAAAGUUUUUCUGUCUUGGCCUCGACACCUAUUGGGUCCACAAAUCCUUUGUCAGCUCAAAUAGUAGCACCUCCUUCAUCUGCCAUUAGCACAUCAUCCUCAGGCAUAACACAUUCAGUGAAUAUCACAACAGAGCCUAAACGUGAUCCACGAAGGGAACCCCGUCGUCUUGAUCCACGACGUGCAGCUGCAGCCGCAGCAGCACCUGCUGAAAUCCUACCAAAACCUAUUAAGGAUGUCAUCACUUCAAUCAAAUGGGACUCCACUCCAUCAGUCCCAGUGGUUAUUGAUGCUGAAAUUUCUUCAUUGCCUCCGGAUCUCAAGGUAGUAGAAGUUGAUGUACCGAUUAUAGAAAAUACUGUAGUUUUCGGAGGUGACCAGUCAAUUCCAAAUGCUGAAACUUCGAGUGAACUCAUCAAGGAGAUUGUGCCUGUUCUGGGUCCUAAUGUUGAUUCAUUUGCAUUACCCCAUGUUGAUGAAACUGACGAGGAAGUAAUGCAGCAAACUUCAUCAGACAUGGUGGCAGAAGAUGAUUCUCUUGAUAUGUCUCUGAUGCAACCUAAUCUCACAUCUCUCUCUGAUACAAGUAUGAGUGUUGCUGAAGAACCUCAGCGUGAUUUGCCGCCGCUUCCACCAUAUGUAGAGUUAACAGAAGAAGAGCAAAAAAAUAUUCAGUCAUUGGCUGUUGAACGUAUUCUCAGGUCAUAUACUGGUUUACAGGGAACAAAUUGUUCUCAAACAGGCUUGGCGUUGCUUGGUCGAUUGGUUGCACAGAUUGGUACUCAAGAUGAGAUUAUCAUUCUGAUGCAAAAGCAUGUUGUCUCAGAUUACCAAAGCCAAAAGGGACGUGAUCUUGGCAUACAUAUCCUUUACCAUCUUCACACACUCACUGUUUCUGACCCAUCUGAACAGUCCUCAUUUGCUGGUGAAAUCUAUGAGAAAUUCCUGCUUGGAUUGGCAAAAUCACUGUUGGAUACUCUUCCAGCAAAUGAUAAGUCGUUUAGUCGGCUUCUGGGUGAAGUUCCAUUUUUGUCUGACAGCUCAUUAAAACUGUUGGACGAUUUAUGCUCAUCAAGUUAUCAAUCAAGUUCUCUUCACGAAGGCGACCGAGUAACCCAGGGUUUGGGUGCUGUUUGGAGUUUGAUUUUGGGCCGUCCACCCAAUCGCCAAGCUUGCCUGAAUAUUGCUCUAAAGUGUACAGUGCAUUCCCAAGAUGACAUUAGGACCAAAGCUAUACGUCUGGUGACGAACAAACUCUAUGUGCUAAGCUACAUAUCAGAGAAUAUUGAGAGAUUUGCAACAGACAUGUUCUUAUCAGCUAUUGAUCAGCGCACUUCUGUUUCGGAGUCUUGUAAAGAAAUUUGUCCUGAGAAUAAGCCAGAUAGGGAGCAAGGGGGGAAGGUAACAUCAGUUAGUGGUUCACAAUUUUCUGAACCUGGAAAGUCAGUGAAGGGUGAACAAGCAGGCCCCGAAAGUGAAUCUUCAGAUUCAUUUGCUGAAGCCCAUCGCCUUAUUUCUUUAUUCUUUGCUUUAUGCACAAAGAAACCUAGUCUUAUUCAACUUUUAUUUAAGAAUUAUGCACAGGCUACAAGGGCUGUUAAGCAGGUUGUCCAUCGCCAUAUUCCUGUUCUUGUAAGAACACUGGGUUCAUCAUGUUCUGAGUUGCUACACAUAGUAUCUGACCCCCCUGAAGGAAGCGAAAAUCUGCUGAUCCAAGUGCUGCAGAUCCUAUCUGAAGGAUCAAAACCUUCUCCUGAUCUCAUUAACACUGUAAAACAGUUAUAUGAAACUAAAAUCAAGGAUGCUUCUAUUCUCAUCCCAGUUCUGUCAUCCUUUUCAAAGGAGGAGGUUUUGCCAAUUAUCCCAUGUCUUGUGGACCUUCCACUAGAAAAGUUCCAAACAGCUCUUGCUCAUAUAUUACAGGGUUCUGCCCAUACUGGUCCAGCUCUGACACCAGCCGAAGUGUUAGUUGCAAUCCAUGAUAUAACGCCCGAGAAAGAUAGCCUCGCACUUAAGAAGAUUACAGAUGCUUGUACAGCUUGUUUUGAACAACGUACGGUUUUCACGCAGCAGGUUUUGGCAAAAGCCUUGAAUCAAAUGGUUGAGCAAAGUCCUCUACCUUUGCUUUUUAUGAGAACAAUUAUUCAGGCCAUUAAUGCCUUUCCUACUCUGGUUGAUUUUAUCAUGGAAAUACUGUCGAAGCUCGUCACUAGACAGAUUUGGAGGUUACCAAAAUUAUGGGUGGGAUUCCUUAAGUGUGUGUCUCAGACUCAGCCUCACUCUUUUCCAGUAUUACUACAGUUACCUGUUGCUCCACUGGAAAAUGCUCUGAACAAAUAUUCAAAUUUGAGAGGCCCCCUUGUGUCAUAUGCCAACCAGCCUGGUGUGAGAAGCUCAAUUCCCAGACCAACUCUAGUCCUACUUGGACUUUCAAACGAAUCACAGGCGGCAGCCGAAACAUCUUCUUCGGUUCAUGGGACAGCCACAACAUGAGACGACAAGAUUGGCCUGCCCCUAAAGAGUCAAUAAUCCAGAUCUUGGAAUUGAAUUGAAUUGUUUGUAUUUUAUAGAUAGAUAAAUUUAGAUAGCUCUCAAGAGUUGUAUUAUAUGCCUUUGGGGGUUGGGUGGGUGGAGGGGAUGGUUUUGUUGUCUAGGUAUUAGUGAGUUAUUGAUGUUGAUUUUGCAUAGUUUAAAUCAAUUACCUUUUUUACAUA